GUCUUUUCCUCCUCCCUCUUGGCACAGCCAGAGUGCUGGGCACUACAGGGGCAGCCUGGUCUCCCCGAGGCUCUCGGGUGGCGCUGCACUCGCCCAGCACCCUGGACAGCGCCUCACUCUGGGCCUCCUAUGGCUGAUGUCUCUAAGAUCCGCUUUGGCUUCCCUGGGGUGCACUCACCUCUGACUGAGCUGACCGAACUGCACUUCUGUUGACUUCCUUGCUUCCUCUCCUAAUGCCCCAUAAGGGUAGCCUCCAGCCCAGUUCUCUCCACUAACUCUAAAGAUUCCCUCAUCUCUGGCCCCUGGAACAAGCGCCGGGGACCUGUCAGCCAGCAGGAAUGGAGGGGCCUGCAGGAGGUGCUGCCGUGGCCCAGCUCCUCCCUUCCUAGAUCUUCACCGGGGGACUUUGGUGAAUUCUGGAGGGCACCACAGACACAGGAGGUCUACUGGAGUCCCAGGAGCAGCUGGGUCAGGAUGGAAGCAGUGGCUGCCAUGGAGGAGGAUAAGCUCCCAUCCUCACUGCCUGAGGAAGGCGGUGCCACCUGGGACCCCAGCCUGGCACCUGAGGAGGAACCUGGGGUCCAGAAUGGAAUGGCAGCCAGUGAGGAACUGAGCAGCCACCUCAGCAGCCCAGUGCACGAGGAGAGGGGAACCCUGGAGGAUACCGAGGAGCCCACAGAGGACCCAGAUGAGGCUCUGUCUGCCAUCAGCCUGGGCCUCUCCCUCACCAAUGGCCUAAUCCUGGGGCCAGAUACGAACAUUCCAGAAGAUUCAACAGAGUCCAGGCCCUGGAGGGCUGGUGAGCUGGUGGAGGGGGAAGAUAUCCCCAGGAGCCUGUGUGCAGACACUGAGGACCCUCAGCUGGGGCUGGAUGGCACCGGGGAGCCAGAUGUGCGAGAUGGCUUCAGUGCCACCUUUGAGAAGAUUCUGGAGUCAGAGCUGCUGCGGGGCACCCAGUACAGCAGCCUUGACUCCCUGGACGUCCUGAGCCUCACAGAUGAGAGUGACAGCUGCGUCAGCUUCGAGGCCCCCCUCACCCCCCUCAUCCAGCAGAGGGCCCGUGACAGCCCCGAGCCAGGGGCUGGGAUGGGCGUGGGGGACAUGGGGCCUGAGGGGGACAUGGGGGCAGCCGGUGGUGAUGGGGAGCUGGGCAGCCCCCUGCGGCGCUCCAUCUCUAGCAGCCGCUCAGAGAACGUCCUGAGCCGCCUGUCUCUCACAACGGUGCCCAAUGGAUUCCAUGAAGACGGGCCCCAGGGUCCAGGCGAGGAUGAGGAGGAAGAUGAGGAGGACACAGACAAGUUGCUGAACUCAGCCAGUGAUCCUAGCCUGAAAGAUGGCCUGUCAGACUCGGACUCAGAGCUGAGCAGCUCGGAGGGGCUGGAGCCUGGCAGCACAGACCCGCUGGCCAACGGGUGCCAGGGGGUCAGCGAAGCUGCUCGCCGGCUGGCCCGCCGCCUCUACCACCUUGAGGGCUUCCAGCGCUGUGAUGUGGCCCGGCAGCUGGGCAAGAACAACGAGUUCAGCAGGCUGGUGGCUGGGGAGUACCUCAGUUUCUUUGACUUCUCAGGCCUCACUUUGGACCGAGCACUCAGAACCUUCCUGAAGGCAUUCCCACUGAUGGGGGAAACACAGGAGCGUGAGCGGGUCCUGACACACUUCUCCCGCCGGUACUGCCAGUGCAACCCUGAUGACAGUACCUCGGAAGAUGGGAUCCACACGCUCACCUGUGCUCUGAUGCUGCUCAACACGGACCUGCACGGACACGUGAACAUUGGCAAGAAGAUGUCCUGCCAGCAAUUCAUUGCCAACUUGGACCAGCUGAAUGACGGCCAAGAUUUUGCCAAAGACCUGCUGAAGACACUUUACAACUCCAUCAAGAAUGAAAAGCUGGAAUGGGCCAUUGACGAAGAUGAGCUGAGGAAAUCCCUGUCUGAGCUGGUGGAUGACAAGUUUGGGACAGGAACAAAGAAGGUGACCCGGAUCCUGGAUGGUGGCAACCCCUUCCUGGAUAUUCCACAGGCUCUCAGCGCCACCACCUACAAGCAUGGUGUGCUGACCCGGAAGACUCACGCCGACAUGGAUGGCAAGAGGACACCCCGUGGGAGGCGUGGCUGGAAGAAAUUCUAUGCGGUGCUCAAAGGGACCAUCCUGUACCUGCAGAAGGAUGAGUACCGGCCUGACAAGGCUCUGUCAGAGGGCGACUUGAAGAACGCCAUUCGUGUGCAUCACGCGCUAGCCACCAAGGCCUCUGACUACAGCAAGAAGUCCAAUGUGCUCAAACUGAAGACAGCAGACUGGAGGGUCUUCCUUUUCCAGGCUCCGAGCAAGGAGGAAAUGCUGUCCUGGAUCCUGAGGAUCAACCUGGUGGCUGCCAUCUUCUCAGCCCCGGCCUUCCCAGCAGCCGUCAGCUCCAUGAAGAAGUUCUGUCGGCCCCUGCUGCCCUCCUGCACCACUCGCCUCUGCCAGGAGGAGCAGCUGCGGUCUCAUGAGAACAAGUUGAGGCAGGUGACUGCAGAGUUGGCUGAGCACAGGUGCCACCCAGUGGAGAGGGGCCUCAAGUCCAAGGAGGCUGAAGAAUACCGCCUGAAAGAGCACUAUCUCACGUUCGAGAAAAGUCGUUAUGAAACCUAUAUUCACCUCCUGGCUGUGAAAAUCAAGGUGGGCUCAGAUGAUCUGGAGCGAAUUGAGGCUCGGCUGGCCAUGCUGGAAGGGGAUGAUCCUUCUCUACGGAAGACACACUCUAGCCCUGCCCUUAGCCAGGGUCAUGGGCCUCUGACUGGCAACAAAGCCACACAGGAUGCUACUGGGUCUGAUACUUAGCUGGUGUGGACAUGCUGCAAAUGGCCCAGAGGGGUCAGUGAGCACAAUUCCAGCCUGGGGCCACCGGGAUCAAGUGCCAGGCAAUUGACAGGCACCCAGAGGGGCAUGGAGAGCCCCGUGGACCAUGGAGUUGGAGAUGCCAUUUGUGGCAUUGGUCUUCUUACAUCCUGGGCCAUCUCUGACCUUGAUCUUCUCCCCAGCCCUCAUUGCCCUUUCCACACAGGGUCUCACUUUGUAGGCCAGGGUGCACCUGCUCUAGCACCUCCUCACUGGAGAAGCAGAGAGGGCCAUUGCUUCCCCUGGACACCUCUUCUCAUCAAGCUCCUCCCUCAUCUCCCACGUUGGAGGGUAGGUCUGGACUCUGGGUCUCAGCUUGGACCCCUCUCCUCCCUUUCUCUUCCUCCUUCCUUUGAGUUGACCAGCAGCAGGUCUGUGGACCACCAGCACCAUCCACUCCUCCUCCCAGCGACCUCUGCAACCAGGCCCAGUUAUGCCUCACAUCGCAAUAAUCUGGGACCCAGGCCUGCCACCGCUUAGUACCAAGUUGUCUCCACGUUCACAUCUCCUUCCAUCAUGGAGGCCACUACUGUCUCCUUUUUAUACAAACAUAAAUGUACAUAUAUAUAUAUAUGUAUACAAAUUAUAUAUAUAUAUAUAUGUCUAUAUAUAUAUAUAUAUAUAUAUAUAUAUAUAUAUAUAUAUACAUAUAUAUAUAUAUAUGAGAAAUCCCUUUAAAGAUGGGGUUGGAAUGGCUGUCAGAGGAUGAAAUCAGAUGAAGAAAAGCCUGUUUUGGAGUUCCACCUGUUAUCAAGUUGGGCUCCAUAGCCUUGACAGUCUGGGAGGCAAGAUGGAGAUAGUGCUGAAAUCCCCUCACCUGCCUUUUCCUCUUCCGGCUGACCUGUGACUCACAACUGAUCUUCCAGUUGAUGUUUUUGGACUAAAUAGACAGGAUCUGUGUGUGCCACCCCUUCUGUCCCAAGGCCGUUCUGGGGGGUAAGUGGGAUGGGGCCAUUGCCUUGUUUGUACUUGGCUAUUUAUGUUGGUGCUGCCAGGUCUCUGAGCUCAGAGGUGGCCUCUUGUACAGACCUACUGCCUAGGAAUAAAAGACACUCCACCUUUUGGAGAGAGCCACUUGUCAAUAAGCCCAAAGAUGUCUGGUGGAGGAAGGUUAUGGAAGCCAGUAAUUCUUGGUCUUGGGAAAAGGUGGAAUGACAAGUUGUUGAUUGUUGAUAUUUCUUUUAUUUUUCUCGUGAAUCAGAAAGGCUUUGCUAAGGACAGAUCUGGGAAGAAUAGAGAUAUUUCCCAUAUGCCCAUCACAGAUUAGCAUCCUUCAAACCCUGUAUUCCUCAGGCCCACAAGUGAGUGGGGGUGAAGGUGCCCUCAAGGUGGCUAUGGUGAGCCAAUCUUCCCUAUUGUUUAAAUACAUUACUGUAGUUUGGCCAGCAAUUUGACCUCUGUGGUAACAUAUUUAUUUAAUAAGAUAAGCCAGCCUCACAACUAAGUACCUAACAUUUCCAAGCCCACUCACGUUUGAUGCAGGGACAUGUGAGUAUGUGGAGAGAAGUAGUGAUUUAAAUCCAGAUUAUUUAAGUUGGAUCAACUGAAGUGUUUUAUAACCAAACCAUCUGGCCCCCUGGUUUUGCUCAGGGGAAGUAAAUGUUCAUUUAAAUGAAAUUGAAAAGGCAAUGUGGCAACAUAAAAGAGCUCUCUGUACUUUUUCCACGCUGCCUCAAAGGUCCUUUGAUUUUCAGGCCAGCGUCCCAUUCUCUGCUCCGUUGAGGGUGGGUGACGACCAGAGGUGCAAGCUCCAGCAGCCACGGACAGAUGUGCUUCCCCGGGCACUAGUUGUGCCUCUCAUCAGUAAAGAAAUUUUUAGUUUGCUUCCUUAAUUGUAUAAUUAUUUAUUUGUAAAUUAUAUACAUGUACUACUGUACUAAAAUAUUAUGUACAUUAUAAAACAUACACAAAAAUAGAAAUUUAAAAGAAGAUGAGAUAAAAUAAAUCUAAAUCAAAGUUCUAAUA